AUGAUCACAAUUCCAGAUGAGCCUCCCAGUCCUGCCCCUGCGCGUAGGCACCCCCCACGUCACAACUCCCACGCUCAUGGGACUGAUCCACGCAGGCGCGUUCACCGCUGCGAGUUUCCAGCUUGCGACAAGGUUUAUACAAAGAGUUCGCAUCUAAAGGCCCAUAAAAGGACGCAUACAGGCGAGAAGCCAUACAAGUGUUCCUGGGAAGGUUGCGAGUGGCGGUUCGCACGCUCAGAUGAACUGACCAGGCAUUACCGCAAGCAUACUGGCGCGAAGCCUUUCCGCUGUCACCAGUGUGAGCGGUGCUUCUCUCGCUCUGACCAUUUAGCGCUGCACGCCAAGCGACACGCGUAG